AACGUCUCAUGUCCCACAUUUAUUAAUGACGGAUUUCGUCUGUUUUGAAAUGAGUCACAACAUCCUCGACCCCGCCCUUAAAUUCCACCUCCCGUGGGAAGCUCUGCGUGGCUAUAAAGCCUGAACUGAGUGGGGUGGUCGGCACUGAUAGAAGGGGGAAAGACUAAUCACUGCUCGCACAAUGGAGUUUCCCUUAUUGGCGUUUUUUACGUUAUUUGCGUCGCUUUCCAGCAGCCUGGCGAUAACACGAAGUCAAGCCGCGUGUCUGCUUCCAGGGGUGAAUGGUCCCUGCAAAGAAAAUAUCGACCGCUAUUACUACAACACCUACACCCAGAAGUGUGAGGAACUUAAUUAUGGAGGUUGCGAGGGAAAUGCCAACAACUUCAAGAGUUAUGAGGAAUGCCAAAAGGCAUGCUUCAGAAUCCCCAAGGUUCCUCCAAUCUGCAGGCUUCCCAAAGAGGAGGGUCAUUGUCGUGGUCUCCUUCAAAGCUUUUUCUUCAACAUGACCACUAUGCAGUGUGAGUCCUUUUACUGGGGGGGUUGUGGGGGCAACAGCAAUCGCUUUGUAGACCUCUCCUCUUGCCUGGAGUACUGCACUCCCCACAAAGCUUUCCCUGUGCUCUGUCUGGACUCUCUGGACAAAGGGAAGUGUUCGGCCUCUAUAACUCGGUACUACUUCAACGCGACCACCAAGACGUGCGAGGAGUUUGUCUACUCGGGCUGCGGGAGAAGCAGCAACAACUUUGUGUCACGGGAGAGCUGUAUGAACGUGUGCAUUCAAGGACCUAAGAAAAUCAGAAGCUAUGGGAAAAUUCGGGUCUUGAAGUUAAAUAGAAAGAGCCGCAUCCCACAAGUCCGGGUCCAAAAAGUCUGAUGUCACUCAGAAGUUCACACUUGGACGAGUCCUCGACGCUUGUUGGAGCUAACAUAAUGACAUGUCGUAUAUUUUGUUAUAGAACGACUCUUCAAAUGCUGUGUAUACAUUUUUUAGAUUUCUAUGUGAUUUACAACACAAGUUUUCAAUCAUACUGUGCCAGCCAGAGGCAUAAGUGAACUGAGCUGCUGCAUAAGACCUUCAGACUAGCAGUCAGCUCUGUUUUAAUUGUCAAGGUAUAUUUGUUGGUGGAAAGCAUACACGUUUGCCACUGAUGUCUGUUUCCGGAGCCACAUUUGAUGUUUUAAUGCAAACUAAUCACAAGCUAUGCAGAUAACAAUAUGCUUCUUUUCCUGAAUGUGAAUGAGUAAAAGAAUCUCUUCUCCACAAUUUAUUUACUGCUAUUUAUUUGACAAAUAAUGUCACCUGGAAAUCAAACUCUUUGUAGGGUCCACACUGGCUCUGAUGAUAGUGCACCACUGUUCCUAAUUAUGUAUUUUGUUACAUAAUUAAAAACUAUGUUAUGUAUGUAAAGACAUUUUUAUGUUUUUUUAAAAAUAAAAUGUACAGAUUA